CUGGCGCAGCUCUUUUCUCCGUCUUCAUAUUCAAAUGAGCACUAGAGCUUCUAAUAAUAUAUAUCUCUAUAUAUGCAUAUACGCCUUGUAUAUGCCGAUUGCGUUGGGGGCGAACAGUUCCGAGGAUCGUCGGGCCGUAUUGCCGGAAUUCGUCGCCGGAAUGACGCGUAUUCCGAUGCACAAAUCGCCAGAGUUCUCCGUCGGAGGACAGCGUGGGGAGGCCAUUGUGGAGAACGAUGAUGGCGGCAGUUCUUUGUCGUCCUCUUCGUCUAUUGGGAGGAACAGCGACGAGUCUGCAGCCGGUGGUGAUGCUGACGGCGAUGGUGCGGAAGUGCAGAGCUCGGCGAAAGAUGGUGCUCUCGGCAAUUUGGAGGACUUGGAGGAGGCUUUGCCGUUGAAGAGAGGUCUAUCAAAAUUCUAUGAUGGUAAAUCCAAAUCUUUUACCAGACUCUCAGAUAUAUCUUCAUGUUCCUCUCUCAAAGAUAUUGUCAAGCCAGAGAAUGCAUACUCAAGAAAACGCAAAAACUUGCUUGCUUUUAAUAAUCGCUUCGGCAUCAAUAGUAGUUACCAGCACAGUUGUGGGAUUUACAAGAAACCUACCAAUUCUACAAGCUCUCUUGCUGCAACUAUCAACUCAAAUCCAUCGUUGCCUGGUUUCUCUCUUCCUCCUCUGCCUUCUCGAAUACAAAGGUCUAGGAAUGAGUGCUCCUCAUCAACACCCGAACAGAAGAUCACAACAUGGCAAUCUUUAUCCUCGUCUGAUCUGCAAGGUGAUGCAGCUCCAAUUCCUAGCAUAACCAACAUAAAGGAAUAGAUAAGAUACAUUAAGUGUAGCUUAAUUUUCUGUCAUCUUAUUAACCUUAUUUCAUAUAAAUGUUCAUGGUGAUGGGAAUAUAUGUAAGCAGUGCUGUUGCUCCCUUUGGUUUUUGCUCAAUGGCAUUUUCAGUAUGUACUCAUCUAUAUAAAGUGUUUAACCUUUAGUUUUUCUGUUUUAGGUGCUCUAUAGUGCAUUAGACUUUACUUCUUUUUACCUCAA